AUGCUUGACCCUCAAGAGUAUCUAGCGCCAGAAUACGACAUUGGCAAGCUCACAGUAGCCAAUUUGAGAUCGAUUUUAGUUGAACACGAGGCAGCAUUCCCUUCAAAUGCUAACAAGUCUCAGCUCAUUAACAUUUUCAACGAGAAAGUCAAGUCGAAAAAGGCAGAAAUCUUGAAAAGAUAUGAUGUUGGAGCCUCAAGAAACGAUAUUAUUGAUAUGACCUCAGGAAACGAUAGCAGGAAAAGAGAAUCAUUGGGCAGUAACGAAAAAAUACAUCUUAAAGAGCCUUCCCCGGUGUCCGAGAAAGAUAAAAUCAUUCCUUCCAAACGCCAUUCUGAUCCUACCUCACCACAGAAGAGAAACAAAAGAAAAACCAGAAAAAGGGUGCAGUCGAAUUCUUUAUCCGAAGAUAGCUCUGCGUCACCUGCAGCUUCUUUUUUGUCCAUGGAGAAAUUUGAGAUCGAUGAAAACGAUAAUAUUUUCCGUGGCCCAAUAGAUAAUACCCCAAUAACGCUACUGAACAAAACCAAAUUUUCGGCAAAGAAGUCGAAGGUUCCAGUCAAAGACAUCCUUUCUAAAUUUGACAAGUCAGUACCUUCCAGUAAGGUGUUCAUAUCUGGCUCAACGGAAUCGAAGGCUAAGUCGGUAUCACCAAGCCCAGUCAAAGAUUCCAUUUUAUCUGCAACUAAACCGGUCGACACAGCUAACCAGACAGUUGACAAUGCAUACCUCACAAGCACAGCAGUUGAUACCGCAUCGAUCUUAGCAAGCAAUGAUUAUCUGCCGAACCGAAUAGAGAAUAUUUCAGCAGGCAUAGAUCAAGAAUUGAAUAAUGGUGACGUUAAUGAUCCUCAAACUAGCAACACAUUUGACUACAAAAAUGAUAAUGAUGCCGCCAUUCUAAUAAAUGAUAUCUUUAGUUCAAACGAAAGAAGUAAACAGUUGAAUGGACCAACCAAGAAUAUUAAAGCAGCUGAGCCGGUUAUCAAUAUUCCGAGCUCGGAUGACGACGAAGCAGAAGUUAUUGAGGACAAGGCUGAUGAACAUUUGGUUUCCACUUUGGAUGUGAAGUCUUUUAGUUCCUUAGAUACUGACGAUGUGAGCUUCAGUCGAGAGUCUGUUGAUAUUGAAGGGAAAGAUGAAGCCAAUGAGCAGGAAUCCAUUUGCCACGAAAUGGUUCUCGAAGGGAUUGACGAGACUGAGACUAUUGAAGGGAAAACUGACAAUGAGAACGUUAAAACAGAGCUAGAUACCAUGGUAACUCGAUCCACAAUCUCAAAGUUUAGUCAUGUGUUUAAAACUCUAUGGAAAUCAUUCCUUCUCACUAGUAUUUUGGCGAUAGCAUUUUUUUCUUUUAGUUUGAGAGAAAUAAAGAAUAAUACUGGUUAUUGUGGAUUCGAGCAUCAUGGAAAAACACUAAAUCUUUGGAACAGACUUCCUGAUUCUUUACAGAAUAACUUACAACCGGCGAAGCCAUACAUCGAACUUUUGGAAUCGGGUAUGAUCAAUGUUGCCCACUUUGAGUGUGAAGAGUGUCCAGAAAAUGGUACUUGUGACCUGAACAAGCUAACUUGUGAUUAUGGAUAUGUGAAAACGUAUACGUGGCGAUCAGCUUUUGGAUUGGUACCGUUGCAGGAAACUUGUGAAUAUGACUAUCUGCGUGAAGAAAAGAUGCGCUACUUAUCCAAAUAUACAUUGUCUUAUCUACACCGUCAUAACGAUAAACAAUUGACGCUGGAUGAACUACACGACUACCUGAGAUCCACCAAGCCUUCUAGUAUGUCAGUGGAUGAAUUUGAAGGAUACUGGAGGAGUUUCGUGGAACAUGAACUUUCGCAAGAGCCAGAUCUGAGUAUCAAUUUCAACACCAAAGAAAUCACAUUGAGUCACAGGACACCCACCGAGUUCUACACUAGAACAUUUGGAAACGUUCAGCGUGGAAAAAAGUCAAAGAAUCUGUUCAAGAGGACUCCACCAACGGUGGAUCUCAAAAACUAUUACACGAAGGCUAAGAUAUGA